AUGGCCGCACAAUCAGGAAAUCCUCGAACGAAUCGAGGAGAGACUUCUCUUGAUGCGGCAAUGCGGGCGCCUUCUACUACCACUCCAGACGUCGUCGUUCUCAGCUUUGUGAACGAAGAUGUAAAGGUCAAAGAAGUGGCAGAUCCCAAAAAGGAUCUUUGGGUAUCGAGCGUCGAUGGUCGCUAUUCAUCACCGAUGAUACCGAUCCGUGUCGGACCUCAUGCCCAAACCUUUUAUGUUCACCGCGAUAUACUCACUAAAUCGGAAUACUUCAGAAAGGCGUUGGAUGGAGGGUUCAAAGAAGCCCAAGAUCAAGCCCUUGACUUACCCGAGGAAAAUCCUACGCUAUUCGAGUUUGUCAUUGCGUUCCUCUAUGAGUCAAAGUACUCUCCUUUGCGUCCUGUCGCAGAAAUCCUCGUCGCCGAACCUGAAAAGGGUAAAGGAAGAGAACAGAACGAAGAUGGAAAUGCUUCAGGUAGUGAUGAUGGAUCGGACAGUGGAACCGCAAGCGAUGAAAGAAGUCGGAGAAGACGCGAAACUCGUCGCAGACAUCAAGAGCGAGCCUGGGAACAAAGACAACGAAAGGAAUCUGGACGUCAUCGGCCGGAUUGCAAUUGUGCUCAAUGUACCGUAGAAACCUUUGGUCCAACUUGCUGGAACUGCGGCGUAACAAGAAGAAUACCUCCACCCAGAAAUCGUUGGAUGAAUGGUCUCCCGCCACCACCUCAGCCAAUGCCGGUCAUGGGUCGUAAUGGUUAUCCUCAUGCCCCGGGUCCAAGAGAUCGUAGAAGAGGCUCUCGAAACAAUGCUUUGGAUGAGCCUCCUGUAGAGGAGAGAAUGUCUCAAGAAGACUUGAGAACCUGGUCAAUUGCGUAUUCUAUAAGCGUUGAUGUUUACGUUUGCGCCGAGAGAUAUUUGAUGCAGGACUUCAAAAGCUGUAUAUCCGCAUUCAUCGUAAACAGUUUCGAAGUUGCUGGAUCUGAUGCUGCACUACCUUCGGUGUUGAAAUCAUGUAAAACUUUAUAUGAUGGUAUGAGCUCAAUGGAUCCUCUGCUCAAAAAAGUCUUUGCUAGAGUUGGUUUCUUGCAAGCUAGAUUGUGGAAGAAGUAUCCUGAGGAAACCUCAAAUUUCUUCAUGGACAAUCCGGAACUAUCGACGCUAAUUCUUAAGGAAAUGGCCGAGAGGAGGGAGGAGGAUGUCAAAGAUGAUUUGCCUGCCAUGGAUCGUCCUCCAUUGCCACCUUUGCCAAGAGAAGACACAAUGCAAGACUACAGACAGCAGCGGGCACCACCACGAUGGUACCAUAUGACCUAG